CUUAAAUCUGUUCCGACUUAAGCUCUGGAGUUUUGCAGUCAGGAUGCCUCGUGUUCCGCCAAGUUACACUGAAUUCUUCUACGAUCCUCUGACCGAAGAUGUGGAAGAACUUCUCACUCGCUUCCAGCUCACCGAUUCGGUCAGGUAUGAGGUGUUUUCAGCCAUCUGGAGGGAGAUGUGCUUCUCAGAUGUCUUCAGGGGUAGUAACAGUGGGGGUGACAUGAAGAGGUUCUGCAGAGUGGCGUUGGCAACAGCGCUGAAGUAUUUCCUGCCUCCAUACAGCUACCAGAUUCGAGUUGGAGGCUUGUAUCUGAUGUUUGCUUUCUACCACACACAACUUGUUGUCCCACCUGUGCAAAUCAGACUGGCUCUGAGGGACUGGGCUCCGGUUGAGACGUUCCUGAAAGACACUAAGGAUUCUGGGCAUCUUGAUGUUAUUUAUAUAUACCAAAAACUUGUUAAUACCAAAGCCUUCCACUACACCGCCAUGCCACAUUUUCUCACCUUCAACAAGCAGAGGAAACCACAGAGGGAGCCAGUGUGUGCAGAGUUUCUUGGGAGGACCACCGCUGUGCCGGAUCUCCUCUCUGAGGAGACCCUGGAGGAGGUGACCAACAUCCAAAGCUUGUAUGAGAAGCAGAAGGGGGCCACAAAGGAGGUCAGCACCCAGGCUACUAUGACCCACCAAGGCUUUGCUACACAACUGCAAGACUGCAUGACAAAGUUUGUCACCUGGCAGCAGAAGACUUUCUCACAAGACAAAGAUAAAAACUCUGAUGAGGAGGAGGAGGACAAAGACAGUGGGGAGUCCAGAGCCAAGCUGCUGUCCUCCAUCAAGCAGAAGAGCUUCAGAAACUUCCAACUGGCGUCCAAAGCCAGGAGGCAUCGACAGGCCGAGGUGGUGGACUCGUCAGGCUCAGGAGCUGAGCAAGUUCAGGAGGCCACAGCACCUGCGCGGUCCAGGAAAACUCCAUCUCUGCGGGCUCGGACCUGGAUGAGUCUCGGGGUGACAAAGGAGGAGAGCACACUUCAGGCGUGGCUCCUGAGUGCUCCUGAGCACAGUGAGAGGGUGCCGGUGAAGAGGUCCCAGGCUCAUAGACCAUAAAGAGGAGAGGAUAUGGAAAGACUGUCAGCAAUAUAUAAUAUUUCUGUUCUCUUUAAUUCUGUUUCAGGUUAAAGUUGUGCAAAAGAAUGCUUUGAUUUGAUCAAGUAUUCAAAAAUUUCUACUUUUCGUUGUAAAGCUAAAAUCUAAUAAAUGCAGUUCAUUAUU